GAAGAAAGGGACAGAGAAACGCUGGAGCCUGCGAGAAAAGCUCUCACUGUAAGCGACUUCGUUUCGCAGCUCCCGAGGCUGCUGUCGAUGAAAAAACAAGUUCUUUGCGUGGAGGGAGAGGAGGAGAGGCGCAGUGGAAAGAGAAAAGAAAGAGUAAAACUCCCCAGUACGCAGUAGGCGCAGUGCGCACCUCUCCACUGUCCAAGGAGAUCACGCACAGCACCAAACACUUUCUCUCUCUACAUCUCUCUCCGCUUUCUCUCUCUACUUAUUGCGACAUCCCAUUCGAUUUUGAGAUUUGUUUGAGCUUACUAUUUGAAUCCCGCGAAUGCGAACGUUAAUCCGAAUCCAAACCCGAACUUGAACCGUAUCGGAGUGUGAAAAUGGAUCCGCCGACGCUCGUCAACCAGUGCUCGUUCCCUAACGCCAAUGCGACGUCGUUUGAUCUCCCGGAGAUCUGGCAGUUCGCGAUGAACGGAAGCGGCGCGAGCGCCGGAGAUUCCGUAGGAGCGUUGGGGCUGCGGAGGCCGAACUUCUCGCAGAGUUUCGCGCAGUUUGGGGACGUCUCGGGCUCGAUUCGGGACGUCUUGGCCGAUAGUGAUCCGAAUACGAUGAGUUUGGACCACCUAGGCAACCACGGCGGCGGACAUGGCGGUGCCUCUAGAAAAAGGCGCGACGCCAACGCCGACGCCGAGUCUCCCAAAAGCAGUGGCAAUAUUGGCGCGAGGGAUUGUGAUGGGAAACGGCUUAAAGCAUCGACUAGAUGCAGAGAUGAGAGUGCCCGUGAGUCGAAAGCCGAAGCGGAAACCAGUUCAUGCAAGCCGGCGGAGCAAAAUGCUCAGCCGCCUGAUCCGCCUAAGCAGGACUACAUACAUGUCCGAGCUAGAAGGGGCCAAGCUACUGAUAGCCACAGUCUUGCAGAAAGAGCUAGAAGAGAGAAGAUAAGCGAGAGGAUGAAAAUUCUCCAGGAUCUGGUCCCUGGUUGUAAUAAGGUUAUUGGAAAAGCACUGGUGCUUGAUGAGAUAAUUAAUUACGUCCAAUCGCUACAGCGUCAGGUUGAGUUCCUGUCGAUGAAGCUUGAAGCAGUUAAUACAAGAAUGAACCCCGGCAUUGAGGCGUUUCCUUGUAAAGAGUUCGGUCAACAAACAUUCGAUGCUGCUUCAAUGGCUUUCGGUACACAGCUUCCAAGGGAAUAUAGCCGCGGCAAUUCACCCGAGUGGUUGCAUAUGCAGGUUGGUGGUGGUUUCGAUAGAGCAACAUAGCCUAGAAAACCCGUCUUCAAAUUGGGAAUAAAACCGCAAAGGGAACGCUUCCUCCUUCAGUAGCUGUCGAAAAAGUAUACUGCAUUAUGUUAAAUCAACGAACACCUCCUCGUAUCCUACAUCAGGCAUGGAGUUGUGAUUAUUUCCGUCUACGAUGCUGCUGCUUAAGUUAGUAAUGUAACUAAACAUCACCAUCUGUUUGCGUGUCGGAAAAUCGAACUUCGAACUUCGUAUAUCAUCCCUGUAGCAGGAUACACAUUCUUCUCCGUAUAAAUACCGAAGCGAAUACCCCGGGGCAAUUAGUGACGUUCUUGUAAAAGAAUGAUGAUUGUUCUAUAUUUUUUAUGCUCCCACUUCUUGUGUAAACGUUGUUAGAACAUUGAUGAUUUGUUAUUAAGCUGAAACUACAUUAAUUAAAUAAAAUUAAUUAAGCCUCUGCUCUCUGGACGUGCUAGGCUUUAAUAUUUUGAA